AUGUCGUUGUUUCUGUUUGCUAUAAUUUUAGCACUGUCAAUGAUUUUCUUGGAAAUUCAUCAAUCUUUUUCAGAAGUGGAUAAGAACGAUGAAAUGAAUGGAAUGCAUCAUUUUAUUUCAGAGCGACAACAAUUGCCUCACGUUCGAUUGGUCCGAGAUUUACUCUCCACCGAGAGGUAUGAUUCAAGUGUUCGACCUGUUGGGAAUCAUUCCAAAUCGUUAAUGGUACAUAUCAGUAUGAGUUUAUAUCAAGUCAUCGAUGUGGAUGAACCAUCACAAUGUUUAACUCUUAGUGUAUGGAUGACUCAGAAAUGGGUUGAUGAAUUUCUGGAUUGGGAUCCUAAUGAUUAUAAUAUGAUCAAUUCUACAGUGCUUCCACAUGAUGUUUUAUGGAUCCCUGAUACUUUCAUUUACAACAGCAUGGAUAUGAAUCGUGACAAAAGUGAACGAUUUAUGAAUGUUAUCGUAAAAAGUAGGUAUUGGAAUGGUAAAUAUGGUGCUGAAGUAUUUUUCUCAUAUCCAGCACUUUAUACUAUACGUUGUCAUAUAGAUAUACAUUAUUUUCCAUACGAUCAUCAGAACUGUACUUUAACUUUGGGCUCAUGGACAAGCAGUAAAGCCUUACUUAAUUAUAAGGCUGAUAAAAUAGUUAGUAUGCAUUCGUAUAUACCAAACGAAGAAUGGGAUGUCCUCUCUUUCAAUCUUUAUCGUCAUGAAUAUCAAUAUGCAUGUUGUAAAGAUCCGUGGAUCAUUAUCGAAGGAUCUCUGAUUAUCAGAAGGAAACCAUUGUACUAUAUCGUCAAUCUCAUUAUACCAACGAUUAUUUUAACAUUAGUGGCAAUAGUUGGCUUCUUUACGCCAUCUUCAACAAAUGAUGAAAGAAGAGAGAAAAUUACGAUCGGCAUUACCGCCCUGCUAGCAAUAUCUAUCCUAAUGUUAAUGGUUUCUAAUCAAAUGCCGACAACUUCAGAUUUUGUGCCUCUUAUUACUUGGUUCUACCUGUCAAAUAUUAUCAUCAUUUCUACAGCAAUAUUUUGCACAUGCAUUGUUCACUAUAUUCAUGGCAAUUAUAAAAAUCAUAAAUUACCACCCAACGUUGUUCGAAUAUUAUUUUUCAAAUAUAUCUGCAACUGUUUAUGCAUUUCACCACCAUAUCAAUUAAUGAUGUUAUGGAACAGAAGUAAGGUGAAGAGUGACAGUAAUAUCGGAGGAACACAGCAAAGAGCGUCGAGAUUAUCUGCAAAAGAAAAUUGGGCUCGAAUUCCUCUCACCCUUAAAGAUAUUUCAGCUAGAAGCAAAGGUCAAUCGAAGGUUAUGCACGAAGAAAGCUCACUGACAUCUAUAAUGCAAAAAAUUCGAAAAAUAUCAACGGAUCACAAAGACGUAUCACCUUGGAAUACUGCUGUUCAAUUUAUUCGUUUUACUAACGAUAAUUUACCGCAAAAGAUUGAAUCAGUUGAAUUAAAAUCACUGAAAUAUCAUAGACAAUGCACAUUAGAAUGGGAAUUCUUGGCAACAAUAGUUGAUCGAAUUUUUUUACUCCUCUUCUCAACUAUUAUCAUAUUUAUUAUUAUCGCUCUUACACUAACUGCUAAAUUGGCUCAGUAUCAUUUUGAUGGAGCACGAGAAAUCGUUCACAAUUAA